AGUUUCCAGCCUGAUUAGUCGCAAUGUAUCCUGUUAGUUCGCAGAAGAGAUCCUGGACCUUUGCAAAUGAAACACUGCUGCAGGCGUUCCGCGUGGAGCAAAACACCAAAUAUAUAGAACUACACAAAGAAGAAGCCCAAGGGCGGGAAGACUAUUUCCUCACGCCCGAAGAAGAGCGGCUGCUGCUUAAACAAUAUGAAGUCUACCUCGCCGAUUUUUGCCGGCGUUUUGAGCCCACCAUGCCCAAGUGCGUUGUAGGCACUGCGUUUCAUUACUUUAAACGCUUCUAUUUGAAUAAUACGCCCAUGGACUAUCAUCCAAAGGAGAUACUCGCCACGUGUGUGUUUGUUGCCUGCAAAGUGGAGGAGUUUAAUGUUUCCAUCUAUCAGUUUGUAAACAACAUUAAAGGCGAUCGCAACAAGGCCACCGACAUUGUGCUUUCCAAUGAACUUCUGCUAAUUGGUCAAUUGAACUACUACCUAACCAUACACAAUCCGUUUAGGCCGAUCGAAGGCUUUCUGAUAGACAUAAAGACACGUAGCAAUAUGCAGAAUCCAGAGCGGCUGCGUCCGCACAUCGACAGUUUUAUUGACCAAACAUUCUUUACGGAUGCGUGUCUGUUGCAUACGCCCUCGCAGCUUGGUUUGGCGGCUGUGCUUCACGCCGCCAGCAAAGAACAGGAGAAUCUAGAUAGUUAUGUGACGGAUUUACUAUUUGUUUCGGCGCGGGAGAAACUUCCGGGCCUGAUCGAUGCCGUCCGCAAAAUACGCAUUAUGGUGAAACAGUACCAACAACCAGAUCGAGAUCGAGUAAAGGCCAUUGAAAAGAAGUUGGACAAGUGUCGUAAUCAGGCAAACAAUCCAGAUAGUGAGCUCUAUAAAGAACGCUUGCGUCGUCUCUAUACCGAUGAGGACGAUAUACCUGCUGAUGAUGCUUCAUUUCACAUAGCCGACGUCAGCUCAGAGACGUCCACAAUGAAUAUCAGCCAAUGAGUUCGGGAUUUUUGAAUAAAUUGUGUCAACAUGUCCAUUUAUAUUGUUAGAUUAUUUGGUAAAAAGUUAAACAUUAAUUUCCUUUUGUUAAAA